AUGGCGGUGGCUCAGACCGUGAAUUAUUGGUUGACGGAGCAUCCAAAGAUCGUCAACUUCCGAUGGAGCCCAACCCAAUCAUACGCCUCCACCUGGUCAUUCCUCGUCACCGCCGUCUCAUCUUACGUCAUCGCCGCCGUCACUCUCCACCUCCUCCUCACAAUCAUCCUCCGACGCCGUCGCGGCCUCUCCCUCGGCCCAAUCCCGGCCUUGCACAGCUUGACCAUGUCCUUAAUCUCCGCCGUUAUCUUCGUCGGAAUCCUCCUCUCCGCCGCCGCGGAGAUCCGAGACACGCGCUGGCUAUGGCGACGCACGCGCACGACGGCUCUCCAGUGGUUCCUCUGUUUUCCCGUGGGCACACGCGCCUCGGGGCGCGUGUUCUUCUGGUCGUACGCGUUUUACCUCUCUCGAUACCUUCACUUGCUCCGCACCUUCUUCUCGGUGAUACGACGUCGUAAGCUCAGCUUCUUCCAGCUCAUCAACCAGUCUUCUCUCCUCUGUAUCUCAUUCCUCUGGCUCGAAUUCUCCCAAUCAUUCCAGGUUGUGGCGAUACUAUUGACGACCGUUUCGUAUGCCGUCGUGUACGGUUACAGAUUCUGGACGGCGAUUGGGUUACGUGGCGCGUGUUUUCCGUUCGUCGUUAACUGUCAAGCCGUUCUGUUGGGGUGUUUGACGGUGUGCCACGUAGGCGUUCUCUGCAUGCACAUGGUCAAACGCGGCGGUUGUAACGGUAUCGGAGCUUGGCUGUUUAACUCCGUUCUAAACGCCGUUAUCUCUUUGCUCUACUUGAAGUUUUAUGUCAAGACGCGUUCGCGUUCAAUGGCGACAGCGGUUAAGCCAACAUAA